AUGGAUCAGGACAUGGUGACAGACCCACCGCCUUCCCGCACCUCCAUUGACUCCACGAUGUCUGGCUCCUCCCUGGCCGAGUCUGUUGCAUCCGUACUUUCUUCAUACUCUAGUAGUUCCAUAGACACCGAUGGCCUACAGACUCUGCUUGAUAAUGCAAGGGAGCUAGUGAGCACUUACAUUGGUGGAGAAUUGGUGCCCAGCUCCAAGGAGGUCAAGGCAGAUCUCCUGCUUACUUCGCUCAUGGAUUACGCGGUUAAGGAUAAAGGAAAGCAUUACGUCGCCACCGCCAUCCUGGCCUGUGAGAAACACCAGCUCCCAAAAGGUUUUCUCCUCGCUCUGGCUGAAUUCUGGUUGACAUUCCUUAUCUGUCCUGUGGCAAGUGCGAAACGGAGGGACACCCCCUCUACUGAACAAACCCCUACCGUCCACGACACCGCUGCCCUCAUACAGACUGCAUCGCGUGGGGAUCAGAAGGCCCUCAGAGAUUUGGUACAUCCCAUCUUCCUUCAGUGCCAUCCCACCUCUUGA